AUGAAAUGGGUGGAGGAAGGGUUUAAGGGCAUGUCAUGGGAUAUCGGAGGUCCGUUGGGGUAUCGGAGCAAAUCCGGGGUCUCCGAAUGUUCCGACUCGGGACCGAGGUUCCGGGAUGGGAGUGGCCAAGGUUCGGUGUGCCGCAACCAGACCGGAGCUGAGACAGUCAGGAGGGAAGGUGACUUGGAGAGUGGGGAGGCUGGUGUAGGGGAUGGUGAAGUUGUUAGGAAGUUCCUCACACUAGCUCAGUGCCAUCUGGCAGCAAAGAGUCAUUCCAGGGUAAAAAUGAACAAGCUUUGGGAAAGUGUCUACUGGAUGGACAACUCCAAGUUAGGUGAGGACCUGGACUUUGCCAACACCCUGGUGCAGAAAGGGGGGAAGGGCAAAAUAACCCAUAUUGGGCCCAAACUACCACCUUUCAAUGAGGAGAAAGUGACCCUGGAGGUCUACUGGGAUGCUACUAUCCCAGCCAUUGCUAACGGGAUUUCAGAGGAACUCCACCAACACCCCCUUUCAUCUUUGAAAGUCUACCCUCAUGAGCUGAUCCGGCUCAAAGGGGUCACUGUUGUUAGGCCUUCUGUGGACAUAAAGUCUGCAGCCAGGGAUGUUGUUCCCGAUUUUUAUGGGGGUUGGUUUUGCCUCCGUUUCUUCCAAGAAGGGCUCAAUGGGUUCUAUCCUCUCAAAUUUUGCUGCAAAGAGGUUAUUCCACACCGGUUUACAUUGUCCAUCCUGCAUGAGGGAUGUGCUGAAGCUUACAAGGAUCUGGAUUUUGGGGAGCAUCCCAACAUUCACUGGAUCGCAAGGGUUGCUUGCAGCGACCUCAAACUCUUCGGUGCACCCAAUGGACAGGAUUGGGACUUGAAAAAAGAGUUGCGAGUGUUCCACCUGAAGAAAAGGUGUAUUUUGUUGGCAGUGGAUGAAUUGGAGAAGCUGGCGAAUCUGGGGGAAAAUUUGGAGAAUGCAGCAAGUGCCUUUCUAGGAGGGACUUAUGAUGCAUUCUUUCAAGAGUUGGAACCUGAGGAAUCUGGGGUCUACAUCAAACACCAGUGUCCUUCACCUGGUUGUGGCAGGCUAUUUUAA